UAUGUUGAGCAAUAUGGCAUAGUUAAUGAGCUGAAAGCAAUACAACAUUUUGAGAAGAAAAUGGACGUAAAGAUUGAACCGUGCAGUGCAUUUAUUGAUAAAAACAUUAACUAUUUAACAGCAAAACCAGAUGGUAUAAUUGGAGAUGAUGGCAUUGUUGAAAUAAAAUGUCCAGUUAAUGCCCAAUAUUUUACUCCCGAAAAAGCUAUUAAAGAUAAAGUGAUAAAAUAUCUAUAUUACAAUGAAAAUGAAGAACUCAUACUAAAACAUACUUCUGAUACUUUUUAUCAAAUACAAGGAGAAUUACAUAUUACACAGAGGCAGUAUUGUUAUUUAAUUAUUUGGACACCAAAAGGUAUAAUCAAUUGUAAAAUUCUUCGAGAUGACAAGUUUUGGAACGAUUAUAUGGAACCAAAACUUAUUUACUUUUACGAAGACAUUAUGUUACCGGAAAUAUUAAAUAUUCAUUUAACUAAGAAUCUAAAUAUUACGGAUAUUUAGAAAAAAUAUAAUAAAUUAUUAUACAUUCUAAUUUUAAUUGGAAUCAACAAAUUAUUGUAAAAAUAUAUUAUUCCUAAAUAAUGAAAUAGCAUCUAUUUAAUUAUAUCACCUUGUCAAGAUUAAAAAAUGUAGGGAUGAGGCAAAACAGUAUACAGAGUGUACAGUAAGUCAGGAAACGGGUUUCUAUUGUUCUCAUUGUUU